UGCACUGUUAUUUUUUGUUUUUGUGUAUGUCCACUUGUUUGUUUCAUUUAAACUAUGGCAGAUUUUGGAAGAUUAUCGAGGUUGGGGAAUUUGGAGCUUCUUGAUUUGGGUUAUAAUGAUUUGGAUAACAAAAUCCUCUCAUCCCUACGAGAUCUUUCUUCCUUGAGAGUUUUAAAUCUCGCAGAUAUUGGAUUGAAUGGAACAAUUCAUGCACAUGAAUUUAAUCAUCUGAUCAACUUGGAGAAGUUGGAUAUGAGUUGGAAUAGUAUUGAAAGCUUUGGUUCCUUUCAAGGUGUUGAUAGACUACUGCCAUGGAGUAAUCUGGAGGUCCUUAAUUUGGAGGAUAACCUCUUCAAUAACAGUGUUCUUUCUUCCCUUCGUGGACUUCUCCAACUCAAGUCUCUCAAUUUAGCCGAAAACCAAAUGGCGGGGGCUUUCCAUGUUAGAGAGUUGGAAUCGUUAAAGAAGUUAGAGGAGCUAGACAUCAGCUACAAUGCGAUUGAAAAAUUUGUGGGCCCUGAAGAUUCGACAACUCUGGACAAGCUUAAGAUCCUCCGAUUAGGCAACUUCCUAAACUAUGGAAAAAGCUUUGUAGUGCUGCAAUCAUUAGGGGGGUUCUCAUCCCUGAAGACACUGGAUCUUGAAUGUAGUAAUCUCAGUGAGACAAUAAUCCAUCAAGCGUUAGGCAAUUUGAGCACACUGGAAGAGUUGUUCCUGUAUGAAUCUGUUUUCAAUCAAGAUUCACUUUGGCAAGGUUUGUGCCAAUUGAAGAACUUGCAGGUGCUUCAUCUGUAUGAUAAUUCACUUGAGGGGACACUUCCACAAUGUUUGGCUAACCUAUCAUCUCUUAGGUAUUUGGAUAUAUCCGGUAAUCAACUUACCGGCAACCUUGCCUCCACUCCCAUAUCCAAUCUCUUGUCCAUCGAGUCUCUCUCACUUGGAAAUAACAACUUUCAAGACCCAAUAUCAUUCCAUUCAUUUGCAAACCUUUCAAAUCUUAAGAGUUUGAUCUGCGAGGAAUGUGACUUAAGUCUAGACACCGUCCGUCAAACUUGGACUCCAAAAUUCCAGCUUCAAGAGUUGGAUUUGUCAGAUUAUACAACAAAGAAAUAUAAGGUAAACCUUCCAACCUUCCUCUACUACCAGUACGACUUGAGAUCCAUUUCUCUCUUUGGUUACAACUUUGGUGGAGUGUUCCCGUUGUGGUUAUUUGAAAAUAACACAAGAUUGAGGACGAUUUUCAUGGUCCAUAACUCUUUCGUGGGCUUGUUUCCAUGUCCAUCUCAUCCCAAUCCAAAUCUUUAUGUGAUGGACAUAUCCCACAAUCAGCUACAAGGUCAAAUUUCGACAAACAUAAGUUCAAUUUUUCCAAAUCUAUACCAGUUAGAUUUGUCUGAAAAUUCUUUUCAAGGCAAUAUCCUACAUAGUUUGUGUGAUAUAAAGUCUUUAGGAGUUCUGGAUAUUUCAAAUAAUAAUUUUUCGGGUGCUAUUCCAGAGCAGUUUGUCAGCCCGUGGUCCUCGUUAAUAUCUGUGAAACUAUCAAACAACAAAUUUUGUGGUCAUGUAGAUCGAACAAGUUUCAACUCAAGUUUACUUUCGUAUCUACUAUUGGAUAACAAUAAGCUUGAGGGGAAGAUACCUGAUUUCUCAUCCGUGAACUCUCUAGUUUUGUUGGAUAUAAGUCAUAACUCCUUCUCUGCAGGCAGGAUUCCAAGAUGGAUAUCAAAGUUAUCAAAUCUAGAGACAUUUGCUCUAUCUGAUAAUCAUUUGGAGGGUCCCGUUCCUCAAGAAUUUUGCCAAAUGAAUAGUCUUGUUUUUUUGGAUCUUUCAAAGAACAAUCUUUCUGGCAAUAUUCCACUUUGUUUCAUCCAAUUAACAAAGUUACAGUCUGUUCAUUUAUACAAAAACAAGAUGACAGGACCACUGCCUAGUGCUUUUAUGAACUUUUCAGAGAUAGUGACUUUAGAUCUUAGAGAUAACGACUUCAGUGGCACCAUCCCAAAUUGGAUUGGGAAUUUCUCAAACUUGGGUGCUCUUCUAUUGAAAGAAAAUCAUUUUCAUGGUGAAAUUCCUGUUGCGUUGUGCCAAUUAACCAAAUUAAGCUUCUUGGAUCUUUCGUUGAAUAAUUUUUCAGGUCGCUUGCAUAGUUGUUUAGGUAAUUUGACUUUUGGAAACCAAAAUGGCUUUUCAUCUUCAAAUUUGAGAGUAAAUUAUUAUGUACCAGAAGUGAUAGAGUUUGUGACAAAGAACAUUUUGCUUAGUUACUCAUCAUAUUAUAUCCUUUCUCAAAUGUCUGGGAUUGACCUCUCCAGCAACCAGUUAUGUGGUGAAAUUCCCAAUCAAUUUGGAAACUUACGCAGAGUCAGAGCGCUAAACCUAUCACACAACAAUCUGAUUGGGCCGAUCCCAGAGACAUUCUUCAACUUAAAGAGCAUAGAAAGUUUGGAUCUUUCUUACAACUACUUGAAUGGCCGAAUUCCCCCGCAACUUACCGAGUUAAACACUCUUGAAGUGUUCACUGUGGCACACAAUAAUUUGUCAGGACCAGUUCCAGAUAGGAAAGGUCAAUUCGGGACCUUUGAUGGAAGCAGUUAUGAGGGAAAUCCUCGUCUUUGUGGACCUCCAUUGAAUAACAGCUGCAAUGAAAUUGAUUCUGAAUUGCCAAUUCCAAAUGAAUUUUCUGGUGAAGGUGAUGAUGAUAGUUUCAUGGACAUGUUUGUUUUCUACAUCAGUUUUGCGGUAUCUUACAUCAUGGUAUUGUUGGGAAUCGCAACAGUGUUAUGCAUAAAUCCAUAUUGGCGGCAAGUGUGGUUUUACCAUGUAGAGUUGUGGAGUACUCGUUGCUAUUACUUUUUAUUGGACAAAUUCAUAUAAGCAGUCCAGCUUCUGAAGUAUGCUUUUGUUCCCAGAUGUUAUGCAGUCCUACAACUAUGCUUGUUUUCAACUCAUUAUAAGUUGGUUUGAUAAACAAUUGAGGCAAUGUAUAUAUGCAAUGAAAUUGCCUUGUUUAUUUUCAAAUAAAUUUUGUCUCAAUAGGAGAGCAAAUUUCUCUUGAUUUUUUGAGAUGACAGGCUUGCUAGUGUAUGCACGGUUAAGAUUUGCCUUCUCCUGUUCUUUCUUCAAAUCCAUUUUGUGGCUUCCGUAAGUUCUCAAGU